CCCCCUCCCUCAUCUCCGUCUCCAGUCUCCGCGUCCGCCCCUCCAUGGACUUGGCCCAAACCCUAGGUCGACCAACCCCUCUCUCUCUCUCUCUUUCUUAGCGAGACCAACUUUCAUAUGGGGCUGGGGCCUGGGCGGAUGUUGUAUUGAUUUCGACACAUAAAUUAUUUGGUCUGCAAUUUCAUUUCCAAGGUCCAAUUUCGUGCAUUAGAGUUUUUUUCUUUCGUACAGGUUGAAUUAAAGUAUUGCCUUCUCAUCAGUUUCAUGUCGUAGCAAUACAAUUUCUCAUGCAUGCAUUUAGACUCAUUUGGGUCUGUCUCUAGUUCAUAUUGAAAUAUCUGAACAUCUUAUAAUAGUGAACAUAGUGAGUACCUUUUUUGCCGAGUUUCACCACCCGGCUAUCUGGCCAACAUGAUCCAUUAUGACAUUGACCACCGGCUCAUAUUUCAUAGCAGCAAUUUACCACCAAGUGGUGACUGGUGAUGGUCAGGACUUAGGAUUGAGUGCCAAGUGUUCUGUGUUUAUUAGAGCCUUAUCAAGGUGUUAUUUUUAUUUAGUUGGAUCAAAGAUAGUCAUUAGCUUUCAACAGAUUUGUGAGGUUGUAUUAGUAUAUUAGGUGAAUUUGUAAAUGUUGUGAACACGGGAAAUUGUGAAGGGUGAUUUUCUUUUUUCUAUUCUGUAAUCUAAAUUUGUAGGUAUGAAAAUGAGAAUAAGGAUGGUGCUCUGUUUUUUUGGUGUGUGUGUAUGUAAAUUCCCGUACCAACACUAGGAGUUGUAAUGGUGCGCCCUUUUGAUGGUAUAGUGGUGAAGAUAAAUCAUUUAGUGGCAUUGCUACUAUGCCCUUUAGUCUUUACUGCCUUGGUUAUGUUGAAGAGGUGUCUUAGUUUGAUUUUUUUAUUGCUGUUUACGUGCUUGAAAAUCCAGGUCGCGAUAAGGAGCGCAAUUUGUCCACACAAUGGUUCAUUUUAAGAACAGGUACAUGGUAAUGGAGGUCUUCAUCGACGUGAGCAGGGGAGAGGUUGACCCCGUCAUCCUCACCCAGUUCAACAUAACCAAAGUGAUCAGAGACAGCAUCCAGCUCAACUUUGGGGAGUGUGGCCUAGCUGCAUCUCUUGGAUCAUUGCAAGUGAAGUAUGUAAAUCCUCUGACAAAGCUUUGCGUAAUCCGAGUGUCGCGUGAAGAUCACCAGAAAGUGUGGGCUGCUAUCACAAUGGUGCGGAGCAUUGGGAAGAUCCCUGUGUCGUUCAACCUCUUGGAUGUGAGCGGAACUAUCAGGGCAUGCAAGAAAGCUGCCUUGGAGUGCGAAGAGGCGAAGUUUGAGCAGUACAAGUUGUCUGCUCGUGAUCGUAUCACACCAGAGAUUAUUGAGUCCGUGAAGAGUUGCCUUGACAAGUUAAGAGGGUUAGAUAGUUAGUGAAUUAAUGUUUGUUUAGUGCCAUUAGUCUGAAAAGAAGUGUAUUGAGUCAGUUGACACACUGUUUCUGGGUCAAAUUGUGCAACGUGAUAUCCAUUGUCUAUCGGGUGAGAACUUUUGGAGAAAAUUUUGACUAUGUGUAAGUUAACCAUGCGCAGCUAAUCAUUAUUGAGGCAGCAUCUUGUAUGGCGCAAAAAUAGUGAUGCACUUGAGCCAA